AGUUAGUUCAUCAACAAAAUCUAUGAGACGUUCAUUUCCGGGGUUUCUUGUCAGAAUCUUGUGCACCGGAUCAUAUAAAACCCCCCCUCCUCGAACUUUCUGAAUCAAGCACGGAACAGACAGAGCUUCAUUAAAAUACCUGAAUUCUUGAAAAAUCUGUUUCGAAUAUGAGGUUUGUUUUGGUACUAACGACAGUGAUACUGACCAUCCUUGGGGUAUCACUUAAGGGAUGCGAUUCCAAGGUUGUGCAGUUCAUUUUCGGGGACUCUCUUUCAGACAAUGGCAACAACAACCGGCUGUCGAGAAGCCUUGCCAAGGCCAACUUGCCGUGGUACGGCAUCGAUUUCGGCAAUGGACUCCCUAAUGGGAGGUUCAGCAAUGGCCGCACUGUUGCAGAUAUUAUUGGCGACGAAAUGGGUCUUCCGAGGCCACCUCCGUUUCUCGAUCCGUCUCUAACGGAGGACAUGAUUUUGGAAAAUGGAGUGAACUAUGCCUCAGGAGGUGGAGGGAUCUUGAAUGAAACAGGGACGUACUUUAUUCAAAGGUUUGCUCUGGACAAGCAAAUCGAGCUCUUCCAAGGAACACAGCAACUGAUCAGGAAAAAGAUCGGCCUGAAUGCAGCUCAGAAGUUCUUCCAAGAAUCCCGGUAUGUUGUCGCCUUAGGAAGCAAUGACUUCAUCAACAAUUACCUGAUGCCAGUUUACAGUGAUUCGUGGAAAUACAACGACGAGUCUUUCGUCGAUUAUUUGACCAAGACUCUCCAGGGACAACUUCAGUUAUUGCACAGCUUAGGGGCAAGGCAGCUAAUGGUGUUCGGGUUGGGGCCGAUGGGUUGCAUUCCGCUCCAAAGGGUGUUAAGUUCAUCGGGGGGCUGUCAAGAUAGGGCAAACAAAUUGGCACUCAGCUUCAAUCGAGCCACAAGCCAGAUGCUGGAGAAAUUGUCAGGCAAACUUGCCAAUGCCAGCUAUAGAUUCGGCGAUGCUUAUGAUGUUGUCAAUGAUGUAAUAAGCAACCCAUAUAAAUAUGGAUUCAACAACUCGGACUCGCCUUGCUGUUCUUUCGGAAGUAUCAGGCCUGCUCUCACGUGUGUUCCUGCAUCAACACUGUGUCAAGACAGGAGCAAGUAUGUCUUCUGGGAUGAGUACCACCCCACCGAUAGCGCUAACCAAAUUAUUGCUAAAGAACUUAUCAAAAAGUUUGGAUUUAAGCCCGUGAACGGCAGCGAUGCUCCUUCCAGUGCACCAGCCAUUGCACCGGCCAUUACACCGGCCAUUGCACCGGUCAUUGCACCAUCGCCUCAAGGUUAAGUCCUUGUUCAGUUGCAGAGAGGCCUCCACUUACACUUGUUCCAUUCUUCAGUAAGUGGAGAUACCGGUCGAGAUCAUGUUGAAUAACAGUACACUUUUGGUACAAGUGUGUUUGUUUCUUUCAAAGUGUCGCUUGAGAACCUGUUAUAAAGUGCUUGCAAAUCACUCUCUUCUUCAUGGGAUUUUCUUUCCCGGUUUUGAAUCUCCCUCACUACUGCUCCAUUCUGCUGCAAUAGGCUUUAUCUCUUAGCAGACACAGAUUAUACACCGGAUUCUGCCAUUGCUUCCAUUUCCAACAUGGCAGAAGUUUUAUAUAUUGCCUUUUCAGUUUCUAGUUAGUUAAUUGAUAA